GGAGACCGGCCGCAGAGCCGGAAGCGAAGUAGCCGUCGUCUCCAGGGGGCGGCGGUGUGGAAAACAGCGAACCUGGUGCCAUUGUAGCUGGCCAGCUUCUCCAUUCAGGCUCCGUCCCGAGUUGAAGACCUCCAGGAUUCUGGUGGCCUAUGGAAGGGAUCAGACCGUGAAGUACCAGGCAGAGAUCCAAAUAGCCCAGCCACUGAGAGGCACCGGAAGCUUCGCCUCUAGAGUGAAGGCUCGCCUUGGAGGAAGGAACCCAGAGGGCCUGCCCCCGGGGCGGAGCCCGCCGACCAUGGCCACGCCCCCAGGGGCCGGUCCCGCAGCUCUGCGCUUCGCUGCCGCGGCCACCUGGCGAGUGAUGCGGGGACGCUGCGUGGAGCAUUUCCCCCGAGUAUUAGAGUUUCUGCGAUCACUGCGCGCUGCUGCCCCUGGCUUGGUUCGCUACCGCCACCAUGAACGCCUCUGUAUGGGUCUGAAGGCCAAGGUAGUGGUGGAGCUGAUCCUGCAGGGCCAGCCGUGGGCCCAAGUUCUGAACGCCCUACAUCAUCACUUCCCAGAGUCUGGACCUGUAGUGCGGGACCCGAAAGCUACAAAGCAGGAUCUGAGGAAGAUCUCGGAGGCACAGAAAACCUUUUGCCAACAGGUGAAGCAACUAGCAGAGACCCCUGUGGACUUGGCUUCCAAGCUGCAGGAACUUGAACAAGAGUAUGGAGAACCCUUUUUGGUUGCCAUGGAAAAGCUGUUUUUUGAAUACUUGUGUCAGCUGGAAAAGGCACUGCCCGCACCGCAGGCACAGCAGCUUCAGGAUGUGCUGAGCUGGAUGCAGCCUGGAGUUUCUAUCACUUCUUCUUUUGCCUUGAGCCAAUAUGGUGUGGACAUGGGGUGGCCACUUCCAGAGCGCUUGGUUACCGAUUCAGAGAGCAUGACAGAGCCCGUGGAGCAGGGCCCUCCUCAGCAACCAAAGCUAGCACUUCAUGAUGCAUUGCCAAAAGCUAGGCCUAGCUCAUACCCUUCUCGGGGACCAGCCUCAAGGAAGCACCCAGAACCUUUGGCUGGCCACCACUUCAACCUGGCCCCUCUAGGCCGGCGAAGAAUCCAGUCCCAAUGGGCAUCCACUAAGGCAGGCCACAAGGAGCGCCCUACAGUCAUGCUGUUCCCCUUUAGAAGCCUGGGUUCACCAAGCCAGAUCGUAUCAGAGCCCGAGAGCAGGGAAGAACAUGAAACGCACAUGGCAGAUCCAGCAGGUGCUGUGGGCACGAGAGCAGCUUCCACUGCAAAGUCUAAGAGUCCAUCCCAGAGCCUGGGGGGAAGGGCUCUGAAGGAGACCCCAGUUGACUUAUUUGCUUCAGAGCAAGAAGAGAAUUGCUUGGUUUGCCCCAUGGACCCCCUGAGACUGUCAUUAUCACCUCCUAAAGCUAGGAAGCCAGUGUGUCCUCCAUCUCUGUGCAGCUCUGUCAUUACCAUAGGGGACUUGGUUCUGGACUCUGAUGAAGAAGAAAAUGGCCAGAGGGAAGGAAGGGAGUCUCUGGAAAACUAUCAGAAGACAAAGUUUGGCACCUUGAUCCCUACCUUCUAUGAAUACCUCCCUACUUCUGGCCUCAGUGCUGUGUCUGUCCCUUCCAUGACCAUAUAGACAGGUCUAGACACUUAUGAUAGGACUGGAAUUCCCUCUGUACUCCGCCUAUCUCCCUUAGCCCUACAUACAGUUUAGUGGAAAUAAAGUGGAAGGCCAGGCUUGGGUUACCUGACUGCCUUGCUAAAAUUACUUUGUAAUACUUGUUAAUUAAAAUUUGGAUUCAUUAAAA